AUGCUGCUGUAUUCACCUUUCGAGGUGACUCCGCUCUACAUUGUGCUUCAGCUGCCUGCAGUCGUCAACGCUCACUUUAAGCGUGACUGGGAGUUGGCUGCCGCCCCCUCGCCAUCUCUUUUCCUUCGCCGCGCUUUCGCAAGAGUUGCGGUUCUCGGUGACUACGCCUACAUCGAUGGCGGCGAGGUGUCCCAGCUCGACGCGGAUGGGAGCCCAAUCAAAUCGUAUGCGUCCAACGGUGUCAAUUCCACGCUAUCGAUCAGCUUAUCGAAAUCAUGGUCCGCAUCCAAAGUGACGAUCAAGGAACUCUCUAAAGAGUCUCAGGCCAGAAGCGGACAAGCGCUCUGGAAGAACGAAGCCACCAAUACACUAUGGAUUUGGGGAGGGCACUCCCCCAACGGCGCACCGAGAGAGAACCCUGUGUCGUGGAAGUUCGAAGCCGAUGGGAAGGGAGGCGGCGAGUGGUCGAAGGAAACCCCGACAAACCCGACAUUCUUCGCCGAUUUGAAACGAAGCGAGGAGGGCGCCUUUGUGAGCACGCCAGAUGCGGGCUUCUGGUUUGGGGGAGGAGCCUCUGGCUGGACGAAUCCGAACCCGGUUCCGCAGUUUGUUCCCGGUAUCGUGACGUACAACAUGACAACAAAGUCGUGGGCGAAUGAGACGACCAGCGCUUUCUCAGAAAACGGUACUCUGAAUGGCGGCAGCGCCAUAUAUAUACCGACCUUUGGACCGAAUGGUUUGAUCACGGUCAUGGGCGGAUCUACUUCGGCCCUGGAUCCUGAUCAGAAAUCACCCACAGGCUGGCUGGACUUCAACAACCUCACUUUCUUUGAUCCGAUAACAAGAGAUUGGUAUUGGCAACAGACGACUGGAAAUGCCCCUACAGCGCGGCGAAACUUCUGCAGUGUGGGCGUGAACGGCACGAGGGGGACCUACGAAAUCUUUGUGUUUGGCGGGACCAACACUGAAAAGAGCAAAACCUAUGACGAUGUGUUCGUUCUCAGCCUGCCAGGCUUUGUGUGGACCCAGGUCAUAUACGAUGCAACAAACCCUAGGCGGUACCACUCCUGUGCUGUCGUCGGUCGCCGUCAGAUGCUGUCCGUAGGAGGAACGGAUGGCCGUACCGGAUGGUCUGGGGCCGACCCCUGGCCCCAGGGGCUGGGAUUAUUCGACAUGACGAAUUGGACCUGGAAGACCAACUACGAUGCAGAUGCAAAGAACUACGAAACUUCCAGUACCAUUCAGGACUGGUACAAAACCAAUGGCAUCAACUCCGUCCAUUGGUCUUCUGACAAGGUGAAGGCAUUGUUCAACCACAAUGACUCCAAAGUGUCGAAAAAUCCGAAGGAUGACGUUAAUGGGGACGGGAAGAGUUCUGAAUCCUCAGUCCCGAUAGCCGCCAUUGUUGGAGCCGUUGUCGGCGCUGUCGUCGGUGUCAUCAUCGGUCUCGCUCUUUUCUGGUUCAUCCGUCGCCGCUCCCAGAAGAAGGGGGCCAUAGUUGAAAUAGCACCAGCCUACGCCAAAGACGACACCGGGACCACAUCCCAGACCUAUUACGAGCCUCUUCCGCUAAGUGAGCUGCAUGCGCCUACACCACAGCCCGAGCUGUCUGGUGGAACGAUACCUAGACAGGAGCUCUGGGCUCCUGUUCCAAAACCUGAUAUACCGGACACCGGUGGUCAUCACUACACGGUGACAGAGCUAGACGCUCAGCAGGGCUUGUUAGGGAGCGGAGAUGAAGACCAGCACAAAUACAGGUAA